GUUUGUUUUGUUUUGUUUUCUGCAUCUCUAAAAUUUAACUGGAUGACAUUUAUGUGUGAGUGAUGUCAUUAUAUCCCAAUAAAGCAGCGGGCCAAGAGAAAAAGCAGCAACAGAAAGGAGGAGGAGAAUACUGGCCCACUACGUCACACAGAUUUAGCAUCCACAACUGAAUCUCUGCAGGAGUGAGUGCAUAUAAACGUGUGUUCAGCUGCACAAAGCAGCAGAAAAAGGAAAGCUGACAGAGUACAGGGAGGAUUUACAGAUCAUCUUCAACUGAUCAGCAUGUCUCAACCCUCUCAAGAAGACGCUGAGCAAAUACAGCGGCCUGCAGUGACAGACGAGGACCUGACAGGAGCAAAGAAUAAACUUGGUGCAAGUGGGCCAGCCAAGAGCAAAACGCAGGAAGUCAUGGAAGAAUGUGAGAAAAUGGGUACAGCUGCUCCUUCUGUGUUCAGCGGAGCGAGGUCAGGAGCAGAAACUGUUUUAAACACGCGCUCUGCUCGGCCAGUCCGCAAGUAGCAGGAGACGUUCACAACCAUGAUCGAACAUCUGCGUCACAUCCACAUCUCGCCACCUUUGACUUAACAGAUGGGAAACGCCUUUGUAAAGUUGUGUUUUACUGGCAUCAUGUCUUUGUGAAGUUAAACUUUUGUUUUGGCACACUGCGUUGAUGUCACAUAUUUGUGCACUGAAUUCAUUGCAGGAUGUUUAUUGCUAUAGCUUGUUAAUCUUCAUUUUUUGAGAGGGGGCGGGG